AGUGGACCAUUGCCCCGCUGUUGUAAUGACAAUCGAUGACAUAAUGUGAUAAAUGUGAUAUAUGUGAUAUAUGUUGGUUGGAAUUUACGCAUGCUGUGAUUCACUCGGGCGAGAACAAUCUGAUAGCUAUAUAUAUACACAUAUGUAUAUGGAAUUUGAGGCCAUGCUGAUAAACAGUAUUCAAUUAGACUAAAAAGAAAUGCAUGUUCUUAUCAGAUUUUCGGAAGUUCGAUCGGCAGAAAUCAAGCCCAUAAAUUCAAAGGAAAUGUCGCCGUGAGAGCUCAGUUCAAAAACCAAGCUGAAGUCAACAAAAUGUCCAAAUCGUCGCUUCUUUUCGCGCUAGUCUUCAUAUUCUGGUCACAGACCAUAAAUGCCGACAUCUUCGAGGAGUGCUCGGAUGCGGAGGCCGAGAGCUUCGUCUCCAGCUACGAGAGCUGCCAGGCGUAUGUCUACUGCGAUGGCGACGACUCCAUACUGGGCCAAUGCGAUGAUGGGCAAUACUUUGAUCCCGAAUCGGGCACGUGCGACGAUGCGGAAAAUGUGCAGUGCUUUCUGGACGAGGUCGAUGAGCCGCCCGUGGAGGAGGAGCCAGAGGAGCCAGCUGUGGUGCCAACACAAGAGCCGGAACCAACGCCGCCAACCAUGGACACGCCCGCCCAAGUGGAUGUCGUUAAUGUGGCGCCCAUUGUGAAGCCCAGCUGCCCGCAGAGCGACGAUCCCAGCCAGGUCAUAUUUAUGGCCAACAACGAGUCGUGCACGGACUACUAUCUGUGCUAUCACGGCCAUGCCAUGCAGAUGCAGUGCACCAAUCAGCUGCAUUUCAAUCCACGCACCGGACAGUGCGAUUAUCCGGAGAAUGUGCACUGUGCGCUGGAUGAGCCAGCGGCGCACAAAUGCCUGCCACACAUGACCGACUUCUUUCCGCAUCCGGACAAGUGCAGCUAUUUCUACUACUGCAUCAAGGGCUUCCUCACGCUGCAGCAGUGCCCCUUCUACUACGGCUGGGACAUCGAGAGGCGCAGCUGCGUGCAGCUGAACGUGGCCAAAUGCUACGGCAACUCCCGACGUGCACAAUCCGUACGCAUUGACAUCCGGCCGAUCGUCGCCGUCGUCGUGGUCGUGGCCAGCGUCGUCAUGGCAGCCGAGUUUCCGGAAUGCGAUUCCGUGGCUGCCGAGACAUUCAUUAACCACACGCGACCCAAUUGCAAUCAUAGCUUAAUUUACUGCGAUGGCGACAGCUCGCAGUUCUGCGAUUCCACCGUACUCUGCGACCUGGAAUACACCUGCCCGCUGGCUGCAGACGGCAGCACGAACAGCUCCACGCUGCUGCCAGUGCCCGCCGACGAGGUGCCCGCCUCAACGGCCAGCUCCACCGAAUCCAGCGAAUCCACGUCCGCCUCGACGGCGUCUCCUCUGGAUGUGCGUGCGCUGUGCCGGCGCGGUGUGACCAAGAAGUACAUGUAUCCCGGCAAUUGCAACUAUUACUAUUACUCGCCUCUAAACGCCUAUAAAGCGGCCGACUCCGGCUGCGGAUCUCAACAGUAUUUGAUGUUGAAACUUCUAGCAAUUGUCUUUGGCUGCCAGCUGGCCUUGCUGGGCUCCCAGGCGGUACGGGCGGCAUUCCUGCAGGAGUGCGAGGGCGUCAUCAUUAGCCGUGUGCCCAAUCCGAAUACCGAGUGCAGCGAAUAUGUUUUCUGCAAUGGUGACGAUUCCUACUACUGCAAUGGCGAUUGCAUCGAGCCGGUUAGCUGCUACGGCUCGAAUGACACGGAGCCAACCACGUCGCCGGAGAGCACUACGCUCAACACUCCGCUGCCAACGGCAGAGUCAGCUCCAAGCAGCAGCAGCAGCAAGAGCUCAACCAGCACCAGGAGUACCUCCAGCAGCACCUUGACCAGCACCACCACGACGAGCACCACCACGACGAGCACCACCACGACGAGCAGCCUCCAAGUGAUCUGUCGCCGGAGCGGUCAGAACGGCGUCUAUCCUUAUCCGGCGAACACAAACUAUUAUUAUCAAUGCAUCGCCGGUUAUCUGCUGCUGCAGCAGUGCCCGCAGCAUUUCCGAUUCGAUGUAGCGCUGAGCCAAUGCACUGGCUCAAACCCUUAUCAAUUAGGCUUGACACACAUUCAAAUGGACUACAACUGGAAACUUUUUGACAUCUACUUGCUGCUGCUGCUGUGCUCCACGUUGUCAACGUCUCGGAUGCAGUGGAACAUCCGCAAACCCACAAAUUCGGUGACCAUACGACAGAGCGCUGUGAGCAUGUGCUUGAAUCAUGCGAGCGGCAGCUUUGUGGAGCAUCCCGACGACUGUCGCAUGUUCUAUUUGUGUCAGGAUAACGGCGAUGCUGUGCUUGCCUCUUGCCCGUCCAAUAUGUAUUACAAUAAGGAGAACAAAAUCUGUGAUACGGCUGACAAUGCUAAGUGCAAGAAUAGCACCAGCGGCGAGAUCAGCAAUGCACCUGACACCGACGAAAAUGAGCUAAACAACAUGGUCACGGAUGCGGCUACUUAUUGUGCUACGUUAACGCCACAGGCGGGCACUGAUCGGAUUGUGUAUAUAGGCAGCUCGAGCAGUUGCAAUAAUUAUUACAUUUGCUAUUAUGGACAGGCUAUACUGCAAGAGUGCAGUGUGGAGCUGCACUGGAAUGCAGUGACGGCCAAAUGUGACUUACCGGAGCGCGCGAAAUGCACGCUGGAGGAGAAUACGGUGCCUGUGCAGCCGCCUAGUGAUAUUGCCAGCGAGCUUUUGCAUUGCCCGGCCUAUGGACAGCAUCUGUAUCCGCAUAUGCAGCGCUGCGAAUUCUUCAUUUAUUGUGUUAAAGGUCAUGCAACCUUGCAGCAGUGCCCGUUUUACUACUUUUUCGAUGUGAUUUCCAAGACCUGUCAGUGGUCACGCACGGCGUUGUGUGCGAGGGAUUUGAAUUUUCCGCGCCAUUAGUAAUAAGAUAAUCGAUACCGACCGUGCCACAAAAACACAAAAGAGUGACCGUAUCGGUACCAAUUAAUCGAUACUAAGUAUCCGUCGAAUUGAGUCGAUUAAUAUUUGUCGUGAUGUCAUGCCAUAAAACACCAGAAUUUUCUAUGUGACGGUCACACUGUUGUUGGCCUGGCCACUGUUUACACGAACUUUUUUAUAAUUAAAAUGAUAAAUUGUGCAGCGCAGCUAAAUAAGAUGAAUUAAAUAAUAAAACCAAAAAUAUAGCUUAAAUAUGUCCUUACUAAAACUCAGGAUACAAGUUUUACGAGCAACAACAAAGUAAAGAAAAAGGGAAGGAGUUAUUUUUUUAUUGAAAAAUCGCUACGAAUCCGAAUCAAUAAUAAAAUUGAGUAGUUUACUUGGUAACAGUUAACAUCUGCAGCUGGUGAGUGUGUAUGUGUGUAGCUAUCAUAUAAACAGUAUAAGCAUCAGCCAAAAAAACAAAAAACAAGCCCACACAAAAAGCUUAACACAUUCCAUAACAGCCAAAAGGCCGAUCAAGUUUGCUGAAAAGGC